CAAGUUGAUCAGAUGGUCUAUUAGGACUUAUAACUUUAAGUUUGCCUGCCACACAAUCAAAGAAGCCAUGGACACAAGGUUGGUUUUGAUGGUCUUAGCCAUCUAUGGCUACGUUGCGGAGGUCACAUUGGCAGAAGACGGAGGUAACGAUGAACUGGACAUACCGCCAGCCAUUAUUGGAGGCACUACAGCCGCAGAGGACGCUUGGCCAUGGCAAGUGCUCAUCCUGUUAAAGAAAAAGUUUAUAUGUGGCGGUACCCUUCUAAACGCUGACACCAUACUCACAGCUGCUCACUGUACCUUCAGAAAAAGGAAAAAGGCGAUUAAAGUAGUCGUCGGGGAGUAUAACAGAAGAAAGAACGAAAGAAAGACAAGAGGAGAAAGGAAGAUGCCAGUGAAGCAAAUAAUACAGCAUCCUGACUAUGAUGGUGACGUGUUACACGAUCUGGCGAUCAUAAAGCUGAAAAAACCUGCCAAGUUGAACAAUUACAUCCAGCCUAUACCCGAACUGGCAAACGACACCAUGGACUUCCUGAACAAAACCUGUUAUGUCACCGGUUGGGGGGCAAUCAAAGGACCUUCAAGUUCGGCCAAGAUUCUCCAGGAACUAAAAGUACCAGUGAUAACCAAUGCUGAGUGUCAGGUCGGCAUCAUUGGUAAUGACACCGACAUUUCCGCCGAUAUGAUCUGUACCGAUUCGGAACCCAAAAACUCCUGUUAUGGUGACAGUGGCGGGCCUCUGCAAUGCUCCAUGAAUGGCACCUGGGUACAUGCGGGAACUGUGUCGUGGGGGAACAGGAAAUGCAAAGUGGGGCCUACCGUCUAUGCCCGGACCUCUUACCACAGGGACUGGAUAUUGGCUAACAUGUAGACAGGACAAAAACAAUCCUUUUUCAUGUACACCUUUGUUAUUGGAAAGUUGAUAUAAUUUAUAUCUAUAACAUAAAUCUAUUAUAACAAAGAUCCGCAUUGUAUCAAUAAAGGAUUCAGAAUUCA